AUGGCGGGAUACAUGAAAAUGGUAAACGGUUACAUCUCCACAAGUGCUAAAUUGACGCUUUUAAUGGUGCUCUUAAUCUGUUUACCUCAAACCUCACACCAGCAUACAGAUCCAGGUAACAAAUAUUCAAUUAUCGAUCUACGGGAUGGAGAGGAGCUUGUCAUGUCAGGUUCCAACCGGUUCUGUUACAAAAACUCUAUAUUGCCAACAUGGAGACAAACAUGGACAAGAAUCCAGGUCAAAGUGUGGAGUUCAAAAGUGUUUAAAUUGGAAACUGUGGAAGGUGAGGACGAGCUGCAGGAGCUGGAUCGCUUCAGCUUCUGGGGCUGGUUUCAAAGCUUGUUACGCGAGAAGCACAAUGAAACCACAAUUAACAUCAACCUGUUCAGCAAGAAGACGUGCUUCAAGGUUGAUCCUACUGAAAAAACUCAGUACACUGUCAAGUCCCUUCGCAAGUUUGAUAUCUAUCUGUUUUUGGUAUUCCUCGCUGGAACAUUGCUGUUUGUCUUUGCAGACUCACUCAGCAGGAGUCAAGUUUUCUUCUACUCUGCUGGCAUGAGCACAGGCAUGAUUGCCUCUCUCAUCAUCCUCUUUUUCAUUCUGGCGCGCUUUUUGCCAAGGAAAAGCCCCUUUUAUGUAUUGAUAGUUGGUGGUUGGUCAUUCUCUGUGUACGCCAUCCAGCUUGUCUGCAGGAACCUCGGCAUUAUACUGCGAGAGCACUGGCACGCAGCAUUAGGUUAUGUAGGGGUGGUGGGAUUCAUCAGUUUUGCUGUGUGUUACCGUUACGGUCCUCUGGUGGAUGAGAAGAGCAUUAACAUCCUGUCGUGGACGCUGCAGCUGUUUGGUCUGCUCCUGGUUUAUUUAGGAAUUCAGAUUCAGCAAGUUGCCAUCGCUAUCAUUAUAGCAGCUUUGGUCUCCAAAAAUCUGGAGUACCCGAUCACAAUGGCAGUUUCUGCAUGGAGGAGAAUCAGGAGGUUGGUGUACUGGAAGCCAGAGCCACGUCGCCUGUUGACUGAGGAAGAGUAUCAGAAGCAGGGGGAGGAAGAGACUCGGCGAGCUCUGGAGGAGUUGCGGAAACAAUGCACCAGCCCAGAGUUCAGCCCGUGGAAGACAGUGUCCAGGCUUCAGUCCCCAAAAAGGUUUGCUGAUUUUAUCGAAGGAUCACCUCACUUGAUGCCAAACGAGGUGUCUGUCCACGCACAGGAAUAUGGUUGUGGAGGGUCAUUUUUUGAGGAUGAAUUUUUUGACACGGACGACGAAGAAGAAGAAGAUCUUAAAUCAAUGAUGACGAAACCACAAUGAGAUGCCACAAUGUUGGAGUGGAGACGUGUAAUAACAGUGAUUAUUGCCUUUCAGAAAGGUGGUGGGAAAAGAGCUUUCCAUGGCUGUCCCCACUGACUUUAAGGGAUUAGUGUGGGGGCUGGAUCGAGAAACUCCCUGGAUUGAAUUCCAGGAUCACAAGAGCCAUUUUGUGUGUUUCCAAUGAAAACAAACAAACAGAAAAGCCCACUGAAAAUCACAGGCACAACAAUGAGGUCAGAUUUGUUACAAAUGGCUAAGACAUGUGUUGUUGAAAAAAGUGCACUGACGCAAGAUCUCCUUUUUUUUCAAAGGGAACAGAGGCUUCUUUUACAAAAGACUCUGAUCACGACAAGUUGAUCACUUUGUGUUGUAUUUACUUGUAGCUUAGAAAAGGGUUUAGUUUUUUAAAAAUAUGUUGCGUUUACAGCCUCUCGACAGUAACUGAGCUCACUGCAUUGAGUGCAUCCAGAGUACAUGUUUGUACAUCACUGUGAUAAGUUUUCACCUCUCUGAACAGCAGCUUCAUACAGGGGUAGUUAUUGUUUUAACUUUCUGCUUGGGGAGGAACAAAUUGUUAGGUCACAUUUCUUUUUCUUUUGUUGCAUCAAUUUUAGUAGACACAUCACUGGAAGUGUCAAAAAAUAUUUUGAAUAAAAAUAUGUAUAUUUUUGAGCUUGAGCAGCCUGGGGGUGGUAUCAUUGUUUAAGGUAUUUGAGCUAAAAGAUUGUAAGGUGUUCAUGAAUGUCAGCAUGAUUUUGGUUUAUCAAGUCAUGCACAUGAAGUUGAAAGACUGAGAUGUUAUUUUUUGUAAUGGGUGACUAAAGCUUUUACUAAAAUAAGAUUUCUUCCUCAAGUAUUGUACCCAAGUAUAAUUUGAGUAUUUCCAUUCUAUGUUACUUGUCCACUGCAUAAAGAAACAAAUAUUGUA